AAUGAAUUCAAUUCUGACCGACUAUACACCUUUUAGAAAGAGAUUUCGUUAGUGUUGAAAUGCUGCUGCCAAAACACGUCUCCGUCUUUGGACCAUGCCCUUGACAGCGACAGCCAAUGCGCCAUCGAGACGGGUUCGGGUUCGGGCUAAAAUGCCAAAGGGAUCUGCGGCUAUUCCCAAGCGUCGGACGCGAGGAGCGAUGAACCAGCCAGUGCUUGGGACAAGCGAUCGCAUCGAUUUGAAACCGGAAGAGGAACAGGAUAAUAUUCUCAGUAUGGACGGAGACGAAUUUGCCGAUCUGACGGGGUAUGACUAUGUGAUGAGUCUCGACUCGAGUCCAGAUGGCAGCUGCGUGGAAGUUAGCUGCAUCACCAUCGACCCCACCACUAACGCGACAGUCACGGCAGCUGGUACCUCGUCGUCCAGGGACACCAUUACCACUUGUGACACUAGUAGCCCCAAAGAUAGCAGAAAACGACUAGACAGAUUUUUGCAGCAGCGACAGCUGAUCAAGGCGGUGCGCAAACGACGAGUCCUCUAUGAUAGCAAGAGUCCGCGCUUCCAGGACAGAGAAUUCAAGAAUGAUGUGUGGCGUAGCAUUGCCAGACGCCUAUCCAUGGAGGUGGAAGACUGCGUUGAUAUGUGGACCGAGCUGCGCUUCAAAUUCCAGUGCCAUAAGCGUGACAUGUACAACUAUAAGCGGAAAAUUGUCCAGCGUCGUCCGCCCGGCAGCCGCCCCUUUAUGUUGCACGAGGAGGAGAUGCUGUUCCUGUACCCGCACGUGGCCAGCGAUCCGUUGCAGCGGGAGCAGAGCGUAGCGGAGUCUGUCAGCGCUCCAGAGACAGAGUGCGCCGUUUUGCCGGUGGAUACCACACAGCCAGUGGCCAUUAUCGAUUUGGAUCUGGACGGAGACAGUUUCCGGAUUACGCGCGAUAUGCGUCAGCUAAUCCGUGCCGUAAAGGCCUAUCCCCAACUGUACGAUACGGCCCAUUCCAGCUACAACGAUUACCGCCAUCGCGGCCUCAUCUGGGGCGCCAUAUCCAAUGAGCUGCGGGAAAAGGCCACCAAACUGAUGAAAUCCUGGCUCGUGCUGCAGACGCGCUACGAGUGGGAGGUGAACCAGAGUCCUGAUGAGGCCUCCGAGCUGAUGAAAUUGAUGAUUUUCUUAAUACCGCACAUGCCCCAGAUGAAAGAUUCGGUGUACAAGACUUCUCAGUACCUGGCAACCGCCUGGCACGAUCCCAUCGAACAGUUUCGCAGUGUGAUGUCUCUGAUCAAUAUGCUGAAGAGCAAUCCAGAGCUGGUCCAGCUCACCGAUGAGUAUCUGCACCACAAGGCAAAGCCGUUGGCAUAUCACGAGCUCUGGCAGAAGGCCGCUACCCAGGUGAUGAGCACACCCCAACGCUGUGAGAUCACCUGGCUGGUGUUGCGCUCCUUUCACAGCGAACUGGUUGAGAUGCGGCUGGCCGGCUAUAAGCUGCAGGAUAAAUGGUUCUUCGAGAGUACCAUCACCACGAUAUACAGGAUGGUUGUGGACCGCGCCGUGAACCGCGAGGGCCAGAAGAAGAACAUUGGCCGCGAUCCGAAUAUGCGAUCGCCCAUGGCCACUGUGGCCCUGCUGGACAGUAUGACGGACGAUACACAAAAAACACAAAAGCCAGCACCACGUAUGCCGCUGGCUAUUGUCUAUCCGUCCGCUGCUGUAAAAGCUGUCUUUCAUACUCCCACCCAAACCAUUGGCUCCAGUGGCAGCAGCAGCAGCAGCAGCACCACCACCACCAACACCACCAAUACCACCACCACCACCACCACAACCACCACCACCACCACCACCACCACUAAAACCCCUACAAACCUAAGCAUCAGCUCAGUCAGCAGCAGCAGCAGCAGCCCCAUCACCAGCACCAGCACCACCACAAUACCCACAGCCUCUAUAGCCACAAGUUCAGUGAGCACUUCCUGCCCCCCAAGCACCGGGAAUGGUGGCUUGAAGUGCGUGAACGUUUCGGAAACGAGGGUGUCCAUUCCGUCGAUUAAGAUGCCACCAAGGAGUGCACCGGCUGUACAGGAUGGGAGUCCAGGGUCCAAAGUACUUGUGGUUCGUCGCAGUCGGCCGAAGCCGUCUCAAGCACCCGGAUAUGGGAUACGACCUGGACCUGCUCCUACUCCUCCUGCUUCCCCUGCUCCUGCUCCUGCUUCUCCUGCUGCUGCUCCUCCUCCUGCUGCCAUUAGCUUGCCAUUAACAAAUCCGGCUGAUGUUGCCGGUCCACCAAAAAAUGGAAAAAGUACAGGUACCCUGACAGCGACGACAUCGAUUAGUCCAAAAAAAGAAACAGCAGCUUCAAGCGGAGCCUUGAAAAGAAAGCGACCGUCGACCAGUGGCAAUGGCAGCAGCAGCAUCGAUAGUAUUGGCAGCCAAUCCUCGGCCAGCGACAACGAAACGGAAUCCGCAUCGGAGUCGGGUGAUGUGCAAUUGCCGGCAAUAGCAAACACCCGCCUGCAAAUGCAAAUCAUCAGCAACAUUAAAGUGGAAUUUGUGGAGGAUUCGGUAGAUGGCCACUUGCUGCGUAUCUAUGGCGGGGCCCUGACCACCCGCUACACGAUGAAUAUGGCGCGUGUGGGCACACUCAUUCGAGAGGUGAUGGGAAUACCGAUCCUGCACAGCAGCCAUCCGAAGUUGGCGAACAAGAAAUCCGAAUUUUGGGGCAGUGUGGCCAGGAAAUUCUACAUGCCAGCCGAUGCCUGUCGCGCCAUUUGGAAAUUCCUGAGCGAAAACAUCAGCCUGUUCCCGGUGAUCGCGCCCAUGCCGGAACUGAUGGGCCCGCACAAAGGCUACCACAAGAAUUGGGAGAAAUCCGAUCGCCUAUUUAGAAAAUUCGAAGAGGUUGCCCGCAAGAAUGAAUGGAGUAAGGUCAAGGACCAGCUGCCCCUACUCAUGAUGCACUUCCGCAUGUACGAGCACCUGUACUGGGACAUGCGUAGGCCGCGGCCCGGCGAGACGCCUCAACCGCCACCCGAAUACACCCAAGAGGAGCGCGACGAUGUAUGGCGGGUGGCAAAGACAAGGUUUCCCCAGAUCAAUCAUCAGGAAGUCUGGUCCACAUUCAAGUAUGCCUUUCGCAGUUACAUGGACGACCUGGAGAGAGGCAUUGAGAAUCCAUGGCCACGCCUGUGGUGGACGGCUUUCGAUCAGCUCAGAUUCCUUGUGAAUGUGCGCUAUCAUCCGCUGGAGCCGUACUACUAUAUAAUCCACAACAAGAUCAGGGAGGAGGUGAAGCGUUGCAGUAUUUAUGAAAAGAUGAUAGCACAGCGCUGGAAGACCAAGUUUUCGGGCAGUCAGGUGCGCAUUGACUGGGAGACAUUGCCCUGGGACACCGAAGAGGCCAAGCGUUUGCUGACGGGUAAACUGAGAGUGGACACAGUCUUGCCCAAAAAUCCUGCGUCUCCUGGUUCACCUCGGUCGCAUCUUCGUACCCGUCCGACUUUUGAAGCUCCCAAAGGAUUUGACGACACGACAAUGCCUGAUGUUAAAAUCAAUGGGCAGCAGCAGUUGGCCACGGCAUUCCAUGCUUCCCCAAAAUUGAAACGUACAACGGAGCGAAAGCUGCCGAUGAUAUCAGCCUUUGAGGUGACCAGUACUCUGCGGCGAUAUCCCAACACCUACCGCCGAGUCAGCACCUUCGAGAAGCGCACUGCCUGGAUGCAAGUCUCCACAGAACUGAAUGCCACAGUGACUGAUUGCCGCUUGAGCAUGCAGCACGCGCUACGCGAAUCGCUUAUCCUGAAAAUCGCUGAUCCACAGAAGCAGUGCCAGAUGGGGCAGAACUAUUAUCGCCACAUGAAUGAGAUCUACAAGGAGGUGAAGCCAGCGACACAGCCCGUCAGUGUCGGUCAGCUGUUGGUGCGAACGCCCCAGCAGCUCAACCAGACACUGGCCGAACCACCCCCCAUGGACGUGCAGUUGUCUAAACACUUCAUGCCCGAAAUCUCACUAACCAGCUGCAGUCCCCGUCUGACGCUCAAGAACUGGUCCUAUGCCGUUGCCGAGUUCAGUCCUGAAAGCCAGGCAAAGCUGAUACAAAGGCUGUCCACUAUGUUUGCCAAACACGCGCAGGCAUCGAAAGAGGCGAAAGCCAGAAGAGAAUCCAGCAAAUAAAAUAUUCAUCAUGUUUAAGUUAUUGCUACAGAGAGAUAGUGAGAGCCACAGUUACACCGUUUACCAUCGUAUUCAUAUAAUUUUUGGUUAUUUAUACAAUGUAUCUAUGAGUUAUAUUUUCUAUGAAGUCUAUAAGUUAUCAAAAGUAAUAUUUAUUUAUAAGAUGUUCGUACAUCCAUCUUCGAUGGAUAGCAAUGUAUCUAUGAGUUAUAUUUUCU